UUACGACAACACCCGGGAGCAUGUGAUCUGCCUUCACUCGUUCCUGAAACUCCACAGCACGCAUGCGUCCAUUUGUACACGCCUCUUUCUCAAACCAUGUGUUUGUUAUCUGGUAAAUAAAGACGGAAGACCCCAGAAUCUGUAACAUAGCAAAUUCAAUCAUUAUCAAUGAAUAAUUUGCGCAGGAAAAAAAAUGCAAACAUGUCGGCCCCGGAUUUAAACUUUCGCGCCCAAGUGGAGUCCGUUUUAAGCGAAUUGGUAAAGGUCGCUACGGUGGAAUUAACUAAACUGUUCGAGACACACUACCAAGCAUGUGUUGUGUCCACGGUAAAAGGCGAGGGAGGAAACGAAAUACUGCAAUGGCAGACAGAAUCGGUCGGAAAGGCGGUGCCAUGUAGCAUUGGAGUUCAAUUCAAUGGACACCAAUGGAGGAACGAAACAGCCGAGCAUUCUGGUUCCCUAAACUUGAGAGGAAGGGCUGAUUGUUUGAAAAGCCAAGAGGAGGAGCAGGGGUUUGCUUCAACAGACACCCCCACAGAAGAGGAAAAUGGCUAUGGCGAACGCCUGGGGCUACUUGUGAAAGAGAAUGCAAAUCAAAGCCCUGUUGAAAGCAGCUUUCCAACGCCACCUAGUUGCGUUAAAGACGCCAUUAGCCAUGACCAUCACAGACAUCCCAGUUGUCCCCCGUCCAGCCCAUCCAGGCCCAAGCAGCCCCCGCUGGUCAAAGCAGAGCCAGAGAGCGAGGUCGUCACUGAGGGACCGGUGGAGGCCGUCUGCCCGCCCUUCCCCAAACAGGAGCACCAGGCUCUGGAGGUGGCUCCCUCCGAGGCGGCGGCGGCGCCCCCAUUGCUACGGCCUGAGCCUCAGCAGACCGCUGUGAGCACGGCCCAGGGCCAGGACUGCGGACCCUCCCCCUCCGACGCGGCCGCCGUGGCCCCCUUGCCGCAGGUCGAGGCGUGGGAGUGCGUUUCCCCGUCCAAGGUGGCUGCGGCGAACGACCUCCAGAUGAAGCUGAAGCGCGCCAACCGCGGCCUGGUGCGGCCCUGCUCGGUGCAGCUGGUUGACAUCGACUUGGCCUCAAAGUCGACGGGCGCUCCCAAGAGGGUCGCUGCCCGUCACAAAUCCGGGUCGUCGACGUCGUCUUCGUCGUCCUUCUCCCCGUCCCCUCCCCCGAAAGACCUGCGGCGCCACCAGGGCCUGCACACGGGCCACCGCCUGUGCUGCUACACAGCCUGCAGUAACGGCGUGUGGCGCCUGCAGGGGGUGGUGUCGCACACGCGCGACGGCUACCCCUGCAAGGUGUGCGGCAAGAAGUUCAAGCGGCGGAAGAUCCUCCGGCGCCACGCGCGCUUCCACACGGGCGAGAAGCCAUACGCGUGCCCCCGCUGCCCCAAGUCCUUCGCGCUGCGCAAGACCCUGCGGCGCCACGCCCGCUUCCACACCGGCGAGCGGCCGCACGACUGCUCGCAGUGCGGCAAGAGCUUCCGCCUGCGGGAGAACCUAAAGGCGCACCUGAGGUUCCACAGCGGGGAGAAGCCGUACGUGUGCUCCAUCUGCAGGAAGACCUUCCGCAUCGCCCGCAACCUGGAGAAGCACAACAUGGACAAGUGCGGCUUCCUGGUCCCCUCCUUCAGGAAGAUCGCCGGGUUGGUUGGAUAGCAGAGGAAGGAACGCCUUUUUAAAAGCAGAAGUGUGCUGUUCCAGGGAACGGGAUUGUGGGUAUUACACUGGAUUUGCGCAAAGUCUUUGACACCUGUCGCUGGUGUAAGUUCAAGCUCUUAUUGGCUGUUAUGUUCUAUCGGAAAUCAUCCGUCCCUGUUCUUAGAAGGGCUUCAGCGUCGGGAGACAUGUUAGGAGCUGAGUUAGCAGUUAGCAGGAAACAACUUUUCACUCACUAGGCAGUUUGAGCCUAUGAGGACUCCAUCCUUUUUGGGGUAGGAAGUCCCUUUUGGAAUACGUUUUUGGCUUUUAUAUUUUCAUUUCUAUUCAGGCUCCAACACAUGAGAGGAUGUGAAAUGAAAUCCGUUUCAGGUUUCUUUCAGCGUUUAUUUGGAGGCUGUUGCAGUACUGUCAUGCAAUGACAUUACAAGUUCUAAUAUGAAGUUAACUAAAGUUUAUCAGUUCUGUACAGAUGUACAAGGGAUCAGUUUGCUACCUACUGGCUAAUACUCUUUAUGUUCAAGGUUUGACUUCAACAUACGUGCAGUUACUUUAUAGUCAGUAGGCAAAUAGAAGUACAUCGAUUAGGUCUAAUCCUAUUGUCUAAUCCUAUCCUUCUAUACAUUUUCAGUUUUUAUAACAGAAUAGACCAAGCUUUGAUCUUCCCCAUGAGGGAUAUUUCCUUGUGUUUUUUUUUAAUGUUUUUAUAUAUAUAUAUAUAUUAAAAAAAACAUUUUAGUAUAGUUUUUUUGUACUUCAUUAUGUCUGUCAAAGAUGUUCAUAAAGUAUUUUUAUAUGUUGUUAUUUUUGUUACUGUUAUUCUUUCAAAAUGUUGUUAUAAAAUAAUCUUCAGUCAUUCCAAAUAAAAUUUAAGUUUUAGCUAAA